GUGUGUUGUUCCCGGCGGGGCAGAGCGCAGAGCAGACCCGCUCCGAGAGCUCUUGGCUGUAGCUUCUGGAAGCGUGGGGUGCCUGGCCCCGCUCCACGGGCUGAAGUGGCUGUGAGAGCACCGACUGCUGAAGUUUCCUCAGCAAUGGGCUCUCGGAGAGUUCUGCUCAUAGAAGUACCUCUGCCACGCGCCUGUCAUUUUCCUUUUAUAUCAUGGUGCUUGAACUAGCUAAACUGAGGGUGGUGAGACACUGAACAGGUUGCCCAGGGAGGUUGUGGAUGCCUCAGCCCUGACGGUGUUCAAAGCCAGACUAGAUAAAGCUUUGAUCAGCCUGGUUUAGCGGGAGGUGUCCCUGCCCAUGGCAGGCGGGUUAGGACUGGAUGGUCUUUAAGGUCCCUUCCCACCCCUUAACAUUCUAUGAUUCCAUUAUUAAAUACAGGUAACUCUCUCCUGUAGCAAUAACUGUGUUGCUUUCAGCUCAGUUUUAUAGUGCAGAAAUGUGAUUGCAAGCAGAAGACUUUCCAAGGUAGGAGUGUGGUCCUUGCGUUACCUUUACUCUGGAGACUCUGGUAGGAAUUAAACCCACUGCCCAGAAGCAGGAGUGAAACAAAUAACUCCUGGACACUGAGGCCUGUCACGAAGUGGCCUCCUUGUUAAUGAUUAACAUAUAUUUAUGUAAUAUUUUUAAAUUGCAUUAAAUGGCCUCCUUUCUGAGAGCAUUGUGGGUGAUGUUAGCCUUAUGUCUGGAUUAUGUCCCUCUGCUGUAGAACCCAGUAGAGAAAAGGGCCUGCUUUGAAUGGGCCGACUGUGAUUGUAAUGGCUGGAGGAGAGUGUCGGCAAUAGAAAUACAAAUGUCAGAGAAAUAACUUUGUGAUAUGGUCUGAGAAUUGCAAUUUUUGGAAAACAAAAGCCUUCAAACCUGACUACUGUCAGUGCUGUGUUUCUACCAGGAUGAAAAAACCCUCCACAUCAGGAAUGCUUUAUAAACUGUUGACCAUGCUCUUGCUCGUUUAAUAACUGCCUAUGCUGAACAUGGCCACAAAGCAGCCAAAAUAAACCCACUGUUUGCUGGCCGGGCUGUUAUGAACAUGGUACCUGAAAUCCAAGAGCUGGCUGAAGUUCUUCAGGGUCCUCUCGUUACUACAGGACUUAUAAACAUGGGAAAAGAGGAGGCUUCUGUAGAGGAUGUGAUGGCUUACCUGGACCAUAUAUACUGCGGGCAUAUUUCCAUAGAAACAAGCCAGCUUCCAACUUUGGAGGAGAGAGAAUGGUUUGCUAAAAGGUUUGAAGAGCUAAAGCAAGAAGCAUUUACACCUGAAGAGAAAAAGCACUUGUGCAAACUGAUGCUGGAGUCCCAGGAGUUUGAUCACUUCUUGGCCACCAAGUUUGCCACAGUGAAGCGAUAUGGUGGUGAAGGAGCAGAGAGCAUGAUGGGCUUCUUCCACGAGCUGUUCAAGAUGUGUGCCUACAGCGGGGUCACAGAUAUCAUCAUUGGAAUGCCUCAUCGGGGAAGGCUUAAUCUGCUCGCCGGCUUACUUCAGCUUCCUCCCGAGCUCAUGUUCCGCAAGAUGCGUGGUUUGAGUGAGUUUCCAGAGAAUUCAGCAGCCAUUGGGGAUGUUCUCUCCCACUUGACAUCUUCUGUAGAUCUUGACUUCGGCUCCCACAGACCCGUGCACGUCACCUUGCUCCCCAACCCCUCACACUUAGAAGCCAUCAACCCAGUGGCUGUGGGCAAGACACGAGCAAGGCAACAGACUCUGCUCGAUGGAGAUUACUCCCCAGAGAGCUCUGCACAGCCUGGGGACAAAGUUAUUUGCCUGCAGGUUCAUGGAGAUGCCGCUUUCUCUGGACAAGGAAUUGUUCCUGAAACACUGACCCUCUCUAAUCUACCACAUUUCAGAGUUGGUGGGAGCAUCCAUUUGAUUGUUAAUAACCAGCUGGGAUAUACCACUCCUCCAGAGCGAGGAAGGUCGUCUCUGUACUGCAGUGACAUUGGUAAAAUUGUUGGAUGUGCAGUUAUCCAUGUGAACGGGGAUGAUCCUGAGGAAGUUGUCCGUGCCACACGACUGGCUGUGGAGUACCAGCGCCAGUUCCGCCGGGAUGUGAUCGUGGACUUGCUGUGCUACAGGCAGUGGGGCCACAAUGAGCUUGAUGAGCCCUUCUUCACCAACCCCAGCAUGUACAAAAUCAUCAGAUCCCGUAAGAGUAUCCCAGACACAUACGCAGAACACCUCACGGCUGCUGGGCUCAUGACUGAGGCUGAAGUGUCUGAGAUAAAGACCACGUACUAUUCCAAGCUGAACGAUCACCUUGCCAACGUGACUUCGUACAGUCCACCUCCUACCAACCUGCAGGCUCACUGGAAGGGCUUUGUUGAGCCUUCUGCUAAAAUCACCACCUGGGACACCGGGAUGCCUGUGCCACUCCUGCAGUUCAUUGGAGUCAAGUCUGUGGAGGUGCCCAAAGAGCUCCAGAUGCACAGCCAUCUCCUGAAGACCUAUGCACAGUCAAGAGUUCAAAAAAUAGAGGAAGGAAAAAAGCUGGACUGGGCAACAGCUGAAACUUUAGCAUUUGGUUCUCUGCUGAGCCAAGGGUUUAAUAUCAGACUAAGUGGACAAGAUGUUGGCAGAGGAACCUUUAGCCAACGACACGCGAUGUUGGUUUGCCAGGAGACAGAUGAUACCUACAUUCCUCUGAAUCACAUGUCCCCAGACCAGAAAGGUUUCCUAGAGGUGAGUAACAGUCCCUUGUCUGAAGAAGCUGUGCUUGGUUUUGAAUAUGGAAUGAGUAUUGAGAGCCCUAAGUUACUGCCAAUUUGGGAAGCUCAGUUUGGAGACUUCUUUAAUGGAGCCCAGAUAAUAUUUGACACUUUCAUUUCUGGAGGUGAGGCCAAGUGGCUUCUUCAGAGUGGGAUAGUAAUUCUUCUUCCCCAUGGCUAUGAUGGUGCAGGCCCUGAGCACUCGUCCUGCCGGAUGGAACGGUUCUUACAGAUGUGUGACAGCUCAGAAGAAGGAGUUGAUGGUGACCAGGUCAACAUGUCAGUCGUGCAUCCCACCACCCCAGCACAGUAUUUCCAUUUACUCCGGCGGCAAAUGGUCCGAAACUUCAGGAAACCUCUCAUUGUUGCUUCUCCCAAAGUGUUACUCAGGCUCCCAGCUGCUGUAUCAAGUUUUGAAGAAAUGGCCCCAGGGACAACAUUCAAGCCUGUCAUUGGUGACUCCUUAGUAGAUCCUAAAAGUGUCACCCGUGUGGUGCUGUGUUCUGGAAAGCAUUACUACGCUCUGGUGAAGCAAAGAGAAACACUGGGAGAGAAGCAGCACAGCACAGCUAUUCUGAGACUUGAAGAGCUCUGUCCUUUCCCCCUGGAAGCUCUACAGCAAGUGUUGAGCAAAUACAACCAUGCCAAAGUCUUCAUCUGGAGUCAGGAAGAACCACAGAACAUGGGUCCAUGGUCCUUUGUGUCUCCACGGUUUGAAAAGCAGCUGGGUCUUAAGCUCCAUCUUGUGAGCAGACCUCCUCUACCAGCCCCAGCAGUUGGCAUUGGAACCCUCCACAAUCAGCAGCAGGAAGAUGUUCUGACCAACACAUUUAUCUGAGUUUUCAAUGGACUGAUUGCUCUGGAUGUCAGUCAUGUUUAGUGCCUCCUCCUGUGAAGAAGAAAAAAAGCCAGAUCCUUAAGACUCUUAAUUCUCCAAAAUGGAAAAAAAAAACAACAAAGGUGGAAUAAGUUUGGUAACGAUUAAACAAUUUUUUCAUGUUGGGGAAUACUUAACAAUGAGAAGUGCCUGUUACACCUGAUACUUCCUGUUCUCUUACACAAUUUUCUACAAAAUGUCUUCGUAAAGUUAAAAAUCCAGUCCAGGGGACAAAUUGGUGAGGUGACUGUGGAAUACCUUAUAUCAUGCUGCUUAUUUGCACUUGAGAGUUUCCUGGGAUGGUGCGUGUGUGGAAAUAGGUUCUGUUUCCUCUGUUUCCACGGAAGUGUUAGUGCUGCUUGAUCAAAUAAAUGCUUCCCCAUGCCUGGGAAUGAGCCAUUUCUAUAGCA